CUAAAACUUGUAUUUGCCAUUUUCGGUACCUCGAUCAAGAUUGCUUCAUCGAUUCUUAGGUCCGCUGCUUGUCAGGUUUAGCCUUGGUCUUUGAUACUCCUCAGAACAAGUCAUGCGGUCCCAACAUCUCAGUAUAGCACAGUUCGCUCGUUCCGACACUCGAGUGGUGGUGGAUGGGAAUAGUCUGUCAAUCGCCGGAGUUGUGGCAGUCUCGCUACAUGGAAAGCAUGCCUUGUUGACAGAUGACUCAGAAAUUCUCGACUGUGUUCAACAGAGCGUGGAUUUUUUAAAUCAGGAAUUGAGCAACGGCCGCACCGUCUACGGCGUAACGACUGGAUUUGGUGGUAGUGCUGAUACACGCACAAGUAAACUUGAGAGUCUCCAGGAUGCUCUGCAACAGCACUUGAAUGUAGGAGUUUUACUUCCCUCUGACAAGGGACUACUCACAGCCACUGCGACAGAGCCGGAUGGGCUCUUACGUAGUCAUGCUCUCCCAGCUUCCAUUGUGAAGGCGAUGAUGUUGGUUCGAUGCAAUUCAUUGAUUCGUGGCCACUCCGGCGUUCGACUCUCCAUUGUAGAAAACAUUCUGACUAUGCUGAACAAGAAGAUGACUCCAGUUGUUCCACUUCGUGGAAGCAUCUCGGCAUCAGGAGAUCUUUCUCCUCUCUCCUACAUUGCCGGCAUGCUCGAAGGUAAUCCGGAUGUUUUUAUUCGUGUAGGUGAUACUCAUCCACCAACAUACCUUCCCGCCGAUAAAGCUCUCGCGAAGGCUGGUAUCCAGGCAGUUCGCCUUCAAGCAAAAGAAGGUCUCGGCAUCAUGAAUGGUACCGCCACCAGCUGCGCAGCAGGUUGUAUUGCAAUCUACCAGGCCGGACAACUGGCUGUGGUUAUUCAACUACUCACGGCAAUGGGCACGGAAGCGCUGCUAGGAACGAUUCAUAAUUAUCAUCCAUUUAUUUCGGAAGCGCGUCCGCACGUUGGACAAGCUGAAGCCGCUGCCAACAUCACCGCGUUCCUUUCGGGGUCAAAGCUUGCACGGGAUAAAAAUGUCGAGAAUAUUGGGCUUGCACAAGAUCGCUAUUCUCUUCGUACUGCUUCUCAGUGGAUUGGACCUUCCAUGGAAGAUCUUGAUCUAGCACAUCGACAAGUCCAGGUGGAAGUCAAUUCGACGACGGAUAAUCCCUUGAUCGACAUUACAAAUGCCGCCAUCCAUCAUGGUGGCAAUUUCCAGGCCACUUCUAUUACUUCUGCAAUGGAGAAGACCACCAGCGCGAUGCAGAUGUUUGGGAAACUGAUCUUUGCCCAGAGCUCGGAGGUUAUUGACAAUAAGCUCAACAAGGGACUGCCACCAAAUUUGUCGGCGGAUGAUCCCAGUUUGUCCUUCACCUGUAAGGGAGUGGAUGUGAACAUGGCGGCCUACAUGUCGGAACUCGCAUACGUUAACCACCCAGUAAGCUCCCAUGUACAAUCAACGGAGAUGCACAACCAGUCUGUCAAUUCUCUCGCCCUGGUUGCCGCACGGUACGCGCUAGAGUCUGUCGAAAUUUUGUCCUUGAUGGUGUCCACAUACAUUUAUGUUCUUUGCCAAGCUCUCGAUCUUCGGUGUCUGCACCUCGAAUUUGUCAAGGCUGCUCAGCCCGCCCUCCGCAAACUGCUGCUUGAAAAUUUCAGCGGUUUCGUGGGAGAAGGAUCUUUCGACUCCUUUGAAGAACAAACUUGGGUCACGCUACAAGACAAUUGGUCAUCAUUAUCACACCUAGAUCUAGCAGAUCGCGGUACAACCGCCGUCAAGUCUUCUAUUGGCCAUGUGCUCCAAGACCUAAUGCUUAAUCACAAGAAGACAGAUAUAGCUUCACACUUGGAUUUGCUAUCCGCCAUUGAUACCUAUCAGAACACAGCGGGAAGAUUACUGAGUUCGAUCUAUAAUUCGACUCGCGAGGAUUUUUUCAAAACCCAAACCACGACGUCCUAUCUGAGUCCAGCAUCUGCGAAAUUGUACAGUUUUGUCCGACACCAGCUGAAAGUCCCUUUUCACCGCGGCUUGCAAGAUCACCCUCUUCUAUUUGGCACGGAUGAGGAACUUGGACGGCGCAGAGAAAUCCUGGGUACUAUGGUCAGUCACAUUUAUCUGGCCGUAAGGAAAGGAGAUGUGUACGAUAUCGCCAUGGAAGCUUUGCGUGAAGCUAUUAAAAGGGACAAACCUUACUGCAAUGGAAGUGCGUAA